GAAAACUUGAAAGCUGACACAACCAAGACGAUAAAUUUGUUGCCUUUGCCCAAUUGCCAAUUCACUUGUCUUCCAACUCCAAAACUUUGUGUAUAAAUACAGAUACCGUCCAGUUUCUCUUCGUUAGGAAAGAGUCGUAUAGAAGCAAAAAAAAAAAAAAAAUGAAAACCAAGGGCCUUUACGGUUUUUGCACUUUCCUUUUAGUCUUGUUUUUUCAGGGUUUUCAAGAUUGUGUUCAGGGAAGGUUGUUAGCAGCAUCAAAACCUGACAGAGAUGCUGCUGCUGCCUAUGCUCGUUGGCUGGUGUCCCAGAAUACUUGGGGGAUUUUAAAUACGCUAUCAAGAGAGUUGGAAGGAGCACCCUUUGGGAAUGUUGUUUCAUUUAGUGAUGGGAUACCUGACAAAGGUACUGGCAUCCCAUAUUUCUAUUUGACAACCCUUGAUCCAACAGCAAGAAAUGCAUUAAAAGACAGGAGGUCCUCACUCACAAUCAGCGAGUAUCCACUUGGAACUUGUGGCAAAGCAGACCCAGAGAGCCCUGUUUGUGCAAAAAUUACACUCACAGGAUCAUUGGUACUACUUGAUGCAAACUCUAGUGAGGUGGAAUUUGCUCGAACUGCCCUGUUCACAAAGCAUCCAGAGAUGAAGGGGUGGCCUAAGAGUCAUAACUUUCAGAUCUUCAAAUUGGAGAUCAAGGACAUAUUUAUGAUCAACUGGUUUGGUGGCCCUAAACCUCUUACAGUGGACCAGUACCUCAACUACAAAAUGAACAAAUUUGCUGUCAGUCUGUGAAAAGUGAAAAUCCAACCAAUCUCCAUUCUUUACACAGUUAUAUCUGUACGUAAAUGUAAAACUGUGUAUAAUGAAAAAUAUCUUGUAAAUAAAUGUAACACAGUUGUGCUUAUUGUUUAUGGUUCACACUAUUGCAUUCUGAAACAAUCAGAAGCAAUUAAAUGGUUAAUAUAAGAAUUUUUUCAAUGCCU